UGAACUCGGAACUUGUUUUUGAAGGAAGUAGCUGGAGGAAUUGUGGAUGCAGUGUGCAGCUCCAAUUAGCUCGUUGACAACAGGGUGUGGUGUUUAGUGCACUGCUCCACAAAGUGCCUGCUAGCUCCCUCGACAACAACAGCGACAGAGAAUCUGCCCAUUGUCCGAGCUGUAAUGGAGUCCAGAAUGAACCAGGCGUUGGUGGAGAAUGAUCAGCAGUCACCGGGCAAGGGCCGCUGCCCCGAGAUUCCCGCCACCAUGGUCCAUAUCGCCACUGAACCCCUGCCCGUCAAGGACCACUUCCUCUGGUCCAUGUUCAACUUUGUUUACUGCAAUUUCUGCUGUCUCGGCUUCAUGGCGCUGGCCUUCUCCGUGAAGGCCCGAGAUCGGAAAAUGCUGGGAGAUAUUUACAGCGCCAACCACUACGGUGCCACCUCCAAGGCACUGAACCUGGCCGCCACUCUGCUGACAAUCGCCUUGGUGAUCACCGUGGUUGCGCUGGCGAUCAGUGGGGUGAUCCAUCUCCGCCCCAGAUAACGUGUCGUCGCGGCCAGCGAUUCAUCGAGAACAACUCUGGUUUCCUUCCCUCGCCCUGCUUCAAGUUUAAUGUGGAGUUGCUGCUUCAAACUAGACCCCCCCCCGUGUGUUA